AAAAAAUUUAUAAAAAUAAUACAUACAGGAUUGUUAUUGAUCUGAUUUGUUGUUGUUGUUGUCCAGGAUGCUGGAGAAAUGGUCCGUUCCUUUGUUGGCGGCCUGGAACUUGUUGUCAAUUUACUAAAGUCAGAUAAUAAAGAAGUUUUGGCCAGUGUCUGUGCUGCUAUUACUAAUAUAGCAAAAGAUCAAGAAAAUUUAGCUGUUAUUACAGAUCAUGGAGUCGUUCCUUUAUUAUCCAAACUAGCAAAUACAAACAAUGACAAGUUGAGGCGCCACCUGGCAGAAGCCAUCUCACGUUGUUGUAUGUGGGGCAAAAACCGAGUGGCCUUCGGCGAGCACAAAGCAGUGGCCCCACUGGUGCGUUACCUGAAGUCCAGUGACACCAAUGUGCAUCGAGCGACAGCUCAAGCCUUGUACCAGCUCUCCGAGGAUGCCAACAACUGCAUCACCAUGCAUGAGAACGGCGCGGUAAAGCUUCUACUGGAUAUGGUCGGGUCCCCGGAUCAAGAGCUCCAGGAAGCUGCAGCUGGAUGUAUAUCCAAUAUCCGCAGGCUCGCCCUGGCUACAGAGAAGGCAAGAUACACUUGAGACUUCACCAGACAUAACAGCACCAGAUAUUACAUGACGAGAGCACACAUCAUUCUCCGGGUCAGGGAACCGACAUGGGGGAACUUGGACUAGUGAGUCCUUAAUCAAACGUCUAAAUGAAAACACACGGAUUAGAAGCAGAAAGGAUGAUGUCCCUGCAAAAAGCUGUAAGACAGGU